CCAUUGAUUUCAUCUUCUCUUUCUAAGGUGGUAUCUUCAGACAGCAUCUCAGGACAUCAUUCCACGGUAACACCAAAAGGAAAAAAAAAAUGGUCAAAUAUUUCCAGUGCUCAGUUUUGUUCUCCAUUAUGCUCCACUUGGUUAUCCUGGCUGCUCCAGGUGCUCGAGUUUGGUGGCCUACACAUGGACUUAUUAAGAUCAAAUGUCCUUAUAAGAAAGUAAAUUUGAGUUGGUUCAACAAAACAGUGGACCCCUGCCCUGACCUAAAACAACCCAUCUGCGGCACCAAUUUUGUAACCUAUGAUAAUCCCUGCAUCUUGUGUGUUGAGAGCUUGAAAUCUGGGGGAAGAAUUAGAUAUUACUACAAUGGAAGGUGCUAGAUUCCUGGUAACAAAGACCUGUUGGAAGCUGGUGGCUGGAUGGUCCUUCUGUGUUUUCUUUAAUCUAUAAGCUAUUCCGGCUUGGAGAUAGCUUACAAUUUUACAAUUAAAGCACCAUCUCACAGGUUGGAGGACUCUGGGAUCAAUCCCAAUCUCUACAAAUAAACAAAGUUUCCUGAAUAUCUU